AUGGAAUUGAUUAUUGUUUUGAUCAAUUUAUGUCUUGAUUUUGCCUCCCCAUCUUCACAGCUUAUGAAUUCUAUUAUAGAUAUGAUUGACAAUGAGAAUUUUUCUAUAAUUUCUCAAGCUGCUGUUGUGACUAAUUUGAUGAAUAUAGACAAUGAUGUUGAGUUAAAUGAAAUAUUGGAAGAUGGAAUUGGAGAUGAAGAUGAUGAUGAAACAUCUUUUGACAAUAAUGUUGAAUUACCCUCAACUUUUACUAAUAUGGAAGGAACAAAUUUGACUAUUGAUGAAAAUUGGAUUAUGACACAAUCAACGAGUAAGAAUGAUUUUACGCGAGAGUUGGGAAAAGAUUCUUUCAAGGAUAAAGAGGAACUUGUUAGAGCAAUCAAGAUCCAUAGCAUUAGGACACAUAGACAAUUUGAGGUCAUUGAGUCACGCCCAACUAUUUGGACUCUAAGAUGCAAGUUGUACUUACAAUCAGGUUGCAAAUGGAAACUUCAUGCAAGUAAACGUAAACGUAGUGGUUAUUUUGAAAUCACAACGUAUACCGGUCCGCACACUUGUUUACACUAUAAGCUUUCUCAAGACCAUCCAAACCUAGAUGCAAGCUUGAUUGCUAUGGAAACUAGACACCUUAUAAAAGAGCAACCUUCUAUCAGUAUUCUGGCUUUGAGAGCUGAAAUAGUUGAAAAAUUGGGCUAUACUCCUUCAUAUAAGAAGGUUUGGGUUGGAAAGCAAAAAGCAAUUGAAUAUGUGUUUGGAAACUGGGAAGAGUCUUAUGUCGCUUUACCAAAAUAUCUAGGUGCACUUCAAAAGUUCAAUCCAGGAACUAUAGUUGAAUGGUGUGUUUCAAGAUCGAACGAUGUGGAUGAAGUUGAAUUUAGGCGUGUUUUUUGGGCUUUUGCUCCCUCUAUCAAAGGGUUUCACUAUUGUCGACCGGUGAUUAGUAUUGAUGGCACACACUUGUAUGGUAAAUACAAGGGUAAGAUGCUAAUUGCAAUGGGAGUUGAUGGCAAUAAUCAAAUUUUGCCACUUGCAUUUGCUAUUGUAGAAAAUGAAUCUUAUGAUACUUGGGAUUGGUUCCUUUCUCAUGUCAAGAAUCAUGUGGUGAAAGACCGUGAAGGCAUAUGCCUAAUAUCUGAUCGUCAUGGUGGAAUUCUUAAGGCUGUCAAUGAGCAUGGAUCUCCAUGGUUAGAGCCACGUGGUUUUCAUAGGUAUUGUUUACGGCAUUUCAUCAACAACUUUUAUGACAAGUUUCGUAAUUCAGAAUUGAAAGCUUUAGCUUACCGUGCUGGGAGUUAG